AACAACAACAACAUAACAGGCCAUGUCCAGCGAAGAAACGGUUCUCGGCCAAUUGGUCCACUGAUCGGGAAAAUAAAAGGAAAAAGCUUGAAAGGAAAAUAAAUCAGGAAGACAUAAAUUCUCAGUUUGAUGGAAUCAGAAAAAGAAUACUAGACGUGAUGCAACAAAAAGUUGUGGAGGCGAACGACAGACUCGUAGAAUUUAUGGGGAAUCCAUAUAAUGUGCUAUGCCGCGAGAGGGAAAUGGCAGGGUUCGCUGCCGACCAAAUAGACGAAGAUGCAUACGUUCAUAUGUGUGAUUUGGUGAUCCGAAAAAUGUGCUACAACACGUAUGCUGGAGAGCCAUACCUUUCACCAAUGGUACUCCUUGUUCAGGGACUGCCUAAGACAGCAGAAUUUAAUCAGUUUUGCGGAGCUGAUACAAUGAACACAGACAACUAUUUGAGAUGCGUUGCAUUUAAAGAAGCGGUAGUUUACCUGGUGCUACAGAAAUGA